AAUUCAUGGUUCAAUGAAUUUCGUGGAAAGAUCUCAAUAUAGAUUUGAAUAUCAAUUCGUAGAAAAAACUUGCAAUUCUAAGUAUUGUAGAAAGAGUAUGUUUACUUAUUAAGAUAACAAAACGCAUGUGUAAAUUUGAAAAACAGAAAGUCACAUAUUGCAGAAGGAGCAUCUGGUGCCAUGCCCUAAACGUUUACCAAUGGUACAACAGACAAUGAGUGGAGCUACCCGCACAACGGACGAGGAGUCGCUCCACUUCCUGGAAACGAUUUUCUCCACCCCAGAUCUUGGAGUCCUGGCCCUAGAGUCUAAAUGCCGGCGAUUUUGUGAUCACUACACGGGAUUGUCUGCAGAUGACAGAAUCAGUUUUUUGACGGUUCUUGCCAAACAGUACGGUGUCAAUCAAAGCAAUGUUGUCCAGGUGGCUACGAGUGUUGUUAAUGCACAGGAGAGAGAAGCUCUAUUACUCAUGACUGAGGAACGAUUACGUCACACAUUAAUCCCACAGUACCAGCAACUGUUCAGUAAGAUUGGGAGAAUUGAAGGUGGAGUGAAGUUCUUGGUCGACAUGCGCGCAGAUAUUCUGACGCACUUGCCAGGCGCUCAGAGUGAGGAGUACAAGGCGCACAUGCGCAUUCUACAGCAGACAAUCAGAGACCUCCUGGCUCUAUGGUUUUCUGUUGGCUUCCUUCAUCUCCAGAGAAUCACGUGGCAGAGCCCAUGUGAUAUGGUUCAAAAGAUUUCUAUGUAUGAGGCAGUCCAUCCUAUACGGGAUAUGAACGACCUGAAGCGUCGUGUGGGAUCAUACCGCCGUUGUUUUGUGUUCACUCACCGCAGUAUGCCGGGGGAACCUGUUGUUGUCCUACAUACGGCACUCACCAAUAGCAUUUCUAGUAGCAUUCAUUCAAUAUUGAAAACGCCUACUUUCUCGGGAUCAAAAAUAGAAACUGAUUCUUCGAACGAUGGAGAUGUGGACGAAAAGGAGGAUCCUAAUAAAAUAUCGGCAGCUAUAUUUUACUCUAUCACUUCAACACAAAAAGGUCUCCAGGGAGUCGACCUAGGUAACUACCUGAUAAAGACGGUUGUCAAGGAAGUGCAGAACGAAUUUAAGGGCAUUACACAAUUUUCUAGCCUGUCUCCUAUCCCGGGCUUCAAGACGUGGCUAAUUACAGAGAUAAACAGGAUAAUACACAUGCAAGAAAUAGGAGAACAACAUCCAGAGCUUCUUUUAGAAAAAGAAAUCGAGAUGAUGAAAAAUGCACUUUCUGUUCCAGACCAUAGUGUUCUUAAGACAUUAAAAGAUUUAAUCCAAACCCACGGAUGGAUUCAAAAUGAAAGUAUUUCUGAAAUAAUUAAAGGAAUUUUAUUAAGGCUGUGUGGACGCUAUUUAUUUAUUGAAAAGAGAAGAGGAUUCGCCUUGAACCCCGUGGCUAACUUCCAUCUUGGUAACGGGGCAGUUUUAUGGCGUUUGAACUGGAAAGCAGACAUGUCAAUGCGUGGGAUCAACCAGUCAUGCGGAAUGAUGGUCAAUUACCGCUAUUAUCUGGAAAACACAGAGGAAAAUAGUCAAAAGUACCUAGAAAAUCAGACUAUAACAGCGUCCCAAGGUUUCUUAAAACUUGUAGAGAAUGGGAUAUAAAACUGUUAUUUUGCAUAUCUAAAUUUCCUAAUAGAAAAAGACAAACAUUUUAUAUAUUUGAAAUAUUGGGCUAAAUGUACAUGUAGAAUGUGGUAAAUGUGAAAUAAGUACUGAUAAAUGAUCUCGAAUAUGUCUGCAUUUUACUUAGUUUUGUUAUUUGAUUUUAUUUCAUAACAUUUCCAUGUAAUUUAUUUUCAUUAUAUA